AUGACAGACCCUCAUUCCAAGAGCGAGGACGACAAGAUUCAAGAUAUGCUUCAACAAAGUUCAGAUCAAUGGGGUGAUCAACAGGAUCAGCAGGCAACUGCGAACACCGCCAGCCCAAAGCAGCCUGGACGAUCACCACAGGCGUUUCGAAAUCCAAUGAUGCCGGCUAUGCCUUCUGGUUUCAACCCCAUGAUGAAUAUGGCUAUGCUCAAUCCGCAGCUUCAGUUCCAACUUAUGAUGCAGCAGCAAAUGCAGCAAAUGCAGCAAUCCAAGGCGACGCAAUCCAAUAUUCCACCAGAGACCCAAAAGCCGCCUGUAGGAUACGUGUGUUUCAAAUGUCGACAACCAGGCCAUUGGAUCUAUUAUUGCCCGAAUGUGCCCAAGGGACAAUUUGUACCACGACCUGGCAUGAAUGGAACUUUCCCACAACGUAGUGUUCAAGAAGGACAUAAGAAGCAAAAGCCCAACGAAUUAACAUGUCGCAUUUGUGGAAAUCUGAUGAAGGAUGCAGUGCUGGUGCCUUGUUGCGGCAAGUCAUUCUGUAAAGAAUGCAUCACCAAGACUCUUGAUGAGACACACAAAUGCCCGAUUUGUAACAAGGAUGGUCUUGAAUCUCGGCAAGUGAUCCCCAAUCGUUCCCUUCGAAAUACUAUUGAGGCGUACAAAGAGCAAAAUGCCAAAGAGGCUGAGGAGGCUGCAGCCAUGGCAACAGAGACACAGCAAGAAUCAUCCGAAGCUACAGCUGCCAUGGAUACCGGAGCCAACAAUGCUGAAAGUGCCCAGGACAAGAAUGAGGAAGCAAUGCAGGAUAAAGAACAAGAACAGAAUACAGCAGAGCAAUCUACCAGAGCAAGCGAUCAAAAGCAAAGCAACACACCUGUCAAAGGAGGAGGUAUGCCUAUCCAAGUGUUCGAAUCCGAAGAACGUACACCACGAGCCAAGCACAAGAGUCAAGAUACCAUCAUGUCAGAGGCAAUGCCACCUACGCCAUUCAAUGCCAAUCCUAUGAUGAUGGGGGCUCCACCUGGCGAGAUGAACUGGAUGAUGGGUAUGCCACCAGGAAUGAACCCAGCAGCUGCUGCUGCUAUGAUGCGAAUGAAUUUCGGUAUGGGAGAAGGUAUGGGUGGACACGAUAUGGAUAUGGGAGUCCCACCUGGCAUGCCACCCUUUAUGAACCCUGCUUUCCAAGGUGGUUUUGGUGGACCUGAAGAGAUGUUUAAUGGAAUGGGUGGUCCUAUACCAGGUAUGCCACCACCUGAAAUGAUGCCGUUUGGUGCUGGUGGUCCAAUGCCAGCAAAUCCUUUCAGAGCUGGUUUUAGUACACGUGGAGGUCGUGGCAGAGGCUCUAUUCCCAGAUAUCCAGGCACAACAACAAGUUCACGAGCACGAUCCAAUGAUCAAAACACCCCUGCCAGUACAAGUAGUGAACCCAAGCAAGCAGAUGAGAAUGAUAAAGAAGUGAAGGAUAAUACAGAAGAUGAAGUCGUUUCCACAUCAUCACGUGUUGAGCGAGAAGAAAGUAGCCGACAUCACCGUAGCAGCAGCUCUCGAUAUCAUCAUCGUUCUCGUUCUCGAACACCAUCACGUUCUCGUUCGCCAAGUUCUCGUUAUCGUCGACGUUCAAAAAGUCGAUCUCGAUCUCGAUCGCCUAAACGUAGCCGAAGACGAUCGUCGAGUCGCUCACCUUCUCGAUCCACACACCGACGAUCCUCACAAGAUGAUAGACGCGAUAAGGACAAGGAAAGAGGAAGAGAAAGGGAUAAAGAUCGACAUUCAUCUUCACGCCAUCGAAGCUCUCGCCAUCAUUCAUCUCGUUACAGGAGCCGUGAGCGUGAUAGAAGUCGUGAUCGGGAUAGUCGUAGCAAAGAUAGGAGUAGCCGUGAUAAAAGCCGUGAAAGAAGCCGACGUCGUGAUCGUGAUAGGCGAUAA